UCAUAAUAAUUUCUUCUUCUUUUUCCCUUUUUCUUUAUUUUGUAGAAGGAUUUGAAGGUUAAAAAAAAUGGAGCAAAAAUCAAAUUUUAGUGAUUUACCAGAAGAUAUGGUGAUGGAGAUUUUGUCAAGAUUGCCUGUGAAAUGUCUCUUACAACUCAAGUGUGUCAACAAAAAAUGGUAUGUUUUAAUUGAAAAUCCAAUUUUUAUUCAAAAACACCUUCACAACACAAAAAAUCAUACUACAAGUUAUUUUGUUCAUCAUUAUUUUCUUGAUACAAUGAAAUCUGGUUUUACUUUAUUUCAUCAUGAUGAACAAAACCAAUUAAUUCCAAAAUCCCAUUUGUACCAAGAUGUUUUAAACACAUCUACACAUUUGUGGCAAGUUCUUAGUCCAUUAAAUGGUUUAUUUUUGCUUUAUAAUGAUCGAGAAGAUGUAGCACUAUGGAACCCUUCUACUAAAGAAUUUAAGCCUCUACCAAUUUCACAACCCCUAAAUUGUCCUUUAUAUAUGUUGUCUUCAUAUAAAUUCGGUUUCGGGAUCGAGCCCUCGAGUGGUGACUAUAAAGUCGUUUGGAUGAGAGAUUAUUGGGACGUAGACUCUGAAGACUGGCAUUCUCCUACGAUUAUUUCAGUCUAUACAUUGAGUACGAAUUCCUGGAGAAAUUUUGAGGAAUUCAAUGUUUCUAGUCGUGACUUAGUCAAAUCAAGUGGUAACACAUAUUUGAAUGGAUUUUACUAUUGGAGGGCAUGUAAAAAUGAUAAAAUCUUUGCAUUUGAUAUGAACAAUGACAAAAUUAUUGAAAUUCAAACACCAAAGUCAUUUGUAUCUAAACAAGGGGACUUAUCAUUGUUUAAUGAUUUCAUUGCUAUGUACAUGUCUGAGCCAAUAAUUCUUGGUAGAGAAACAAGUAUUGACAUAUGGAUUAUGGAGAAAAAUGGCUAUUGGACUAAAAAUGUUAGAAUUGGCCCUUUUUUAAAUAUUAAAAGAUCACUUGGAUAUGGAAAUAAUGGGGAAAUUUUUGUUGAAGUUGUUACAUGUCAAUUGGACAUAUUUGAUCCUUUUUUAAAGAAAAAUAGAGUUCUUGGCCAACAAAAAAGUGGCUACUCUUUGCAAGCUUUUGCUUACAAUGAAAGCUUAGUUUCAUUGAAAAAUAAUUCAUCUUGUAAUUUAGUUGGUUGUAAUUUAGAGCUAAUUAUCACUCGUUAA